AUGAACGUCAUCAAACUCCAAAAAUUCCAGCAGAGCGAAAUUUUUUCACUCCAAGAUGCUUUCCGACGCCUAGAUGUCGAUGACAAGGGCUAUCUUGAUGAGGCUACGGCGAUCAAAGCAACCCAGCAGUCGGAAAGGCAACCAUACGAUGUUGUUCGCCAGGCCUUGAAGCAAGUCGAGCUGGACAGCUCGAGGCGUGUUGAGCUCGAGGACUAUGUUGACGUAACUCUCUCCAAACCAACAUCUUCCCUCCUCCUUGCUAGACUCCGCGACACUUCGUUCGCGCCAUCCCAGCGUUCUUCUGGGCCAGUGCCAACCUCCGCAGCUCCAACCGGUGUGCGGCAUGUUUCCAAAGGCAGCAUCGGAGGGAAGAUUCACGUUCAAGGCUCCUCUGCGAAUGUUACCCACACCAUCAACGAAGAUGAACGGACAGAGUUUACGCGACAUAUCAACGCGGUCCUUGCCGGCGAUCCCGAUAUUGGACACCUCCUUCCUUUCCCAACUGACACUUUCGAGAUGUUUGACGAAUGUAAAGACGGUCUGGUACUCGCCAAGUUGAUUAAUGAUAGCGUUCCUGAUACCAUUGAUGAACGAGUUUUAAACCGCCCAGGAAAGAAAGUAAAGCAAUUAAAUGCAUUCCAUAUGACGGAAAACAACAAUGUUGUCAUUAAUUCCGCUAAGGGCAUUGGCUGCUCUGUUGUCAAUAUUGGUAGCGGUGAUAUCAUCGAAGUUCGAGAGCACCUCAUACUGGGUUUGAUCUGGCAGAUUAUUCGCAGAGGCCUUCUCGGGAAAAUCGAUAUUAAACUACAUCCCGAACUCUACAGGCUUUUGGAAGACGAUGAGACCCUAGAACAGUUUCUUCGGCUUCCACCAGAACAAAUUUUGUUGCGAUGGUUCAACUACCAUCUGAAGAACGCCAAAUGGGACAGGAGAGUCAACAACUUCUCGAACGACGUCAAAGAUGGAGAAAAUUAUACAGUCCUGCUCAACCAACUAGCUCCAGACAUCUGUUCCCGCAGCCCUCUCCAAACUCGCGAUUUACUCCAGCGGGCAAACGAGGUCUUGGAAAACGCAGACUUACUUGAAUGCCGCAAGUUUUUGACCCCAACAUCUCUAGUAGCAGGCAACCCUAAACUUAACCUUGCCUUCGUGGCCAACCUAUUCAACACGCAUCCAGGCCUAGAUCCUAUUACAGAGGAAGAAAAACUUGAAGUCGAAGACUUUGAUGCCGAAGGUGAACGCGAGGCCCGUGUUUUCACUCUUUGGCUGAAUUCUCUGGAUGUCCAGCCAGCUGUCAACUCGUUAUUUGACGAUCUUCGCGAUGGAACAAUCCUCCUGCAGGCUUACGAUAAAGUUAUCCCUGGAAGUGUUAACUGGAGGCACGUUAACAAACCCCCUACUUCCGGUGGCGAGCUCAUGCGAUUUAAGGCUGUGGAGAAUACAAACUACGUCAUUGAGCUAGGAAAACAAAACCACUUUUCCCUUGUUGGAAUCCAGGGAGCCGAUAUUACUGACGGGCAGCGGACUCUGACUCUCGGGCUUGUAUGGCAGCUCAUGCGCAAAGAUAUCACCAAUACAUUAUCCUCGCUUGCGCAGAGAAUGGGUAAGCGUGAGAUCACGGACAACGAAAUGAUCAAAUGGGCAAACGACAUGUCACGCGCAGGGGGCAGGAGUUCUGCCAUCCGCAGUUUCAAGGACCAAUCAAUUGGAACUGGCAUUUUCUUACUUGAUGUACUCAACGGAAUGAAGAGCAACUAUGUGGACUAUGACCUGGUUACCCCUGGACGCACAGAUGAAGAUGCGUACGCAAAUGCGAAAUUGAGUAUCAGUAUCGCACGGAAGAUGGGCGCGACCAUCUGGCUCGUCCCCUGA